GGAAACCCGGAUGUAGGUCAAUUUGCUCUCGGAAGUCAGCCGGUCAUUUGAACAAAAGCUCGUAACACUACGAGUGAAUUACUGAUAUGGAAGAACUUCGAUCUUUGUGGAAAGUACCAAGCAUUGCACACUUCUGUUCGCUGUUCAGAAAUGCCUUCGAUCUUUUGGAUUUUGAUAUCGAGGAUUUUGAAGAAGCGUUGAUUUGUGCAGGAGGUGAAGAGGGCAGUCCUUUUCUUAUAGAUCUCAUAUGUCGUCUACUCAAGGGGUGCUACAACAGAAAUGACAUAGAUGAAACAAAUUAUGAACAAUACUUACAAGAUGUGAUGAAGCAUAGGUGGUCCGUGGAGACGGGAAGACCCAGCCUUUUAGAAGAUAUGUCUUUCAAAGAUAUUUGUUUGACAUCCAAGGUUGAGAUUCUACAGGCCGUUUGUGAUUUUAGACUAGAUGCUGAAGAUGUAGCUGACAAACUUAAGGAUCUUGAAGCAGACAGUUUACGUCUGGAACCUAUGGGUAUAGAUGCACUGGGAGCUACCUAUUGGUAUUUCUAUGGAACACGUUUAUAUAAAGAGGACCCUGAACCUCCUCCACCAGUGGAAAAGAAGAAAGAAAACAAAAAGAAAAAGGGUAAAGAUAAAAAGAAAGAUAAAAAGAAAAAGAAAGAUAAAGGCAAGAAAAGGAAAGACAAAUCAAAAAAAGGAAAAGGCAAAGCAGACAAAAAAAGGGGGAGGCCUUCAAAAAAGACAGAUCAGUCAAGUGAUGAAGAGAGUGAGGCUGAGGAAGAGGGUACCCCCUCUGAACCCCCACCCCCACCCCCCAAACUGUGGCAUCUGAUCUGUCAGACUACAGAGGAGUGGGAACAACUGGCAAAUACAUUCAAAGGCAGCAAGGUGAAAUGUGAAAGAGAGUUAUACAAGACACUGGUGGAAGAUUUUGUUCCAGAAAUACCAAAAAUGAUUGAGGCAAAGGAACGUGAAAUGCGUAAGAAACUUCUUGAGUUGGCUCCACGAAGAACCUCAAACAGAAUUAAGACAAAGGCUCAACAAGAGAAAGAGGCAGAGAAGGAAAAAUAUCUCCUCCUGAUCCAAGAAGAAGAGCGAUUGCGACAGCACCAUGAGGAGGUUGAGAGAAAGAGGCGCUUGGAGGAGGAACAGCAAAGAGAUGUUAAGUUACAGAGAGAGGAGAGGAGCAAAGCUCGAGAAGAUCGUGCUAAGAGAGCCAGAUUACGUGAAGAACGGGCUCAGUUGAUUGCAGAAGGCAAAGAGAUUCCAGCAGAGCUAUUGAACAUCCCUGCAUCACCAAAGAGGAUAUCUGUGCCUAAUGAAGCAUAUAGUGCCAUGAUGAAAGUGGUUGAUAUUGUAAAACGCCACAAAGAUUCCUGGCCAUUUUGGGAACCUGUCCAAGAGGAAUAUGCCCCAGGCUACAGAGAUAUUAUAACUAGACCCAUGGAUAUGUCAACUAUAGAGAAGAAGGUGAAGAAUAGAGAGUACAGAAGUAGGAGAGAGUUCAUAGGAGACUACAAACUGAUGUUCUCAAACUGUCUAGAAUACAAUGGACCAGAGAGUGAGUACAUAGAGAUGGCAGAUGCAGUGGAGGCAUGUUUCCAUCGGGCAGUGAAGAAAUACAUGUCCAAGCACAACUUUGACAAUACUCAUGAGGAUGAAGAUGAUGCUGAUUACCAUUCCAAACUGACCAAUGGUGGCCCUCACUUGAGUUUCAGACCACAGAGGAAUGCUAGUGCCAAGGCUAUGGAGGCUCUUCAUAAAGUGGCUGAGGAUUCAUUACAGGAUUCCAGAAGUAACAGUCCAGUCAGUUAUGAUGAAUCUGCAUCCAACAGCCCAUACCCAGUUCAGAGAAAGGAAUUCCCUCCAUUCCAGUUUAAGACAAUUAACCCCUCAGCCUCCAGUAGCCCUUUUCCCACUCAGAGACAGGACAAUUCAGCCUCUAGCAGUCCAGCACUGACAUCCAUAUCAGAGGACAGUGCUGAUGGAACCAAGAAGAUAUCACAUCUGAGGACAGUGUUUGGUAUUGCUGCUUCAACAUCUGCUGCAAAACAACAGGUAACUUCUGCUGGACAUCAAGUAACGAAGAGUUCCCCUUCAAACCCCCCAUUCCAGCUCCUGAAACAGAAGCUUCAGGAACAGUAUCUACAACAGAAACAAGCCGCCAUGAUGGCACAGAAUCAAAAUCAGGGUAAUCAGACUGUGGUGAAGGCACGUCUACCCAUUCCUAUACAGUUCUCAAAAGGAGGUGUGACCCAGAAGAUCCAGAUCCCAGUGGAUGUACAGACACAGAAAGGGAAGGUAAAUUACAUUACUUUUGCCACUACUACCAAUGGCCUACCAACAACAAGUGCAACCUCUCCCAAGUUUGGAGGUUGGAAGCAGUUGUCACAACAACCAAAGGGACAGUCUGAUGGUGUUGGUGCACAGCAGCAAAGAGGCCUUAUAAACAAUAUAUCAGUACAAUCUGUCAGCGAUUCUGCCACUGAUAAAAAGACAGUGAUACCUCCUGGUGAUAUUAAAAUGCAGGCUGUAAAUAUCUCUGGGACUAGUUUGCUUCAGACUCAAAGGCAGCAAGAAAACCCUGUCACACUUACAACCUCUACCUCUCAUACAGACUAUGUGUAUAGCAGUGGUAAAGGGCCUGUUAUCGCUAAUAAUAAUGUUAUUCAAAUGAAAAGAGAAGAUGGACUCAUGCAAGGAGUCCGGCAGCCAGCAAAGAAAAGGAAGUAUAUUGAAGGUGUUGAAAAUUCAGAGACAACUCAGGAAUCUCCUAAACCAAAACUUUGGCGCCCUGGUAUAGAUGAGAGUGCAAGUGAAGAUACAAAACUUGUUGUCGGUUCUGUUCAAAACUUGUCACAAAUGGGAGGCAAUUUGAUUGUAUCCCAGCAAGAGCAACAGCCACAACAGCAGCAGCUCCCUACUCAAGCCAGUGUUCAGCAGGCAACUGUCAGUGGCAUUCAUCAAGCUAAUGUGCCUAAAUUUGUGAUAUACAGUUCUAAGAGUUUAACCACACCUGGUGUGCCUGGUAAAAUUGUACAGACCACCAGUCUUGCCCAGCCAAACCAAGGACUGCUUCAAAACAGGGUGGUAUAUGCCGGUAAUGGAGUGUCCCUCCCACCCGGUGCUGUGUUAAAUACUGUGAGACAUCCCGGGCAACCCAGGCAGAUAUUAGUCUCCAACAUUUCCCGUCCUCAAGCUGUUAGGGUAAUCACUGCAAAUCACCCUCAGAACCCAGUGGGACUGAGACCCCAGCUGGUCCAGGCAAACCAGCAAAUACAUGUCCUACCUCAGGCAGUUGGUCAACAAAAAAUCCAGUUGACCGGUCAGCAGGCCCAACAGUUGUUUCUGAGACCAGGUUUGGUCCAACAUGGCGCAGCUGUGGUGUCCACAAUGCAGCCACAACAGAACGUAGCCCCAGGUUUCUACUACUACAAGCAGGGGGCAGCACCUGCAAUGUCAGGAAUGACCAGUGCCCAGCCUGGCACCAUGACCAAUGGUAAUGUGACAGUUAAGCCGGCAGCACAUCAGUCUGCAUUUACAGCUCUUCAAAGACCGCCUAACUAGUAGCGAUCCUGUGAUAUUGCAAGAAACGGUGAUGUAGAACAUGAUGGGAAGGACCAGCCCAAGUUUCGGAGACACUGGUGUGGAAUCUUUCUAUGAAAUUAUCUUUCCUUUAAUGGCAGGGAAAAACUGUGAUGGCUGCUUUUUAUUAAUGGCUUCAUUCGUCAUAGUUCAUGCACUGAUUUUAGAAUUUUCUACAUUGAAAUAAAGAAUGUAGUGGCUGUUGGGAUAUGAGAUGCAUUCUUGUUCCCAGGGAAAACUUACCAAAUGCACUGCAUUUUGUUGCAUCAAAAAAAAAAAAAAA